CUCCUCCCUUGCGGAGUAGCCGCCGCUGGCGCCGCCCCCUCCGCGCAUCCGCGUGCCGCAGCCCGCACCGCCUGUCUCCGCCGCGCGCCUCCGCCGCCCCGCGCCGCCGCCGCCGCCGCCGCCGCCGCGCUCGCUGGCUGGCCCAGUGCGGGCGCCCGGCUCCUGCCACAGGCGAGGACCAUCGGCGCCACCAGCACUUUGACCCGGGCCUGGGUCCCAGCUCCGCCCCGGGCCCCCGCCCCCAGCCUGGCGGGGCAAUGAAGUGUCACUACGAGGUGCUGGGGGUGCGGCGCGAUGCCAGCGAGGAGGAGCUCAGGAAGGCCUAUCGGAAGCUGGCCCUGAAAUGGCACCCGGAUAAAAAUCUGGACAAUGCCGUGGAAGCAGCUGAACAAUUUAAAUUAAUCCAAGCAGCAUACGAUGUGUUGAGCGACCCCCAGGAACGAGCAUGGUACGAUAACCACAGGGAGGCCCUGCUCAGAGGUGGGCCUGACGGCGAAUACCAAGAUGAGAGCCUAGAUUUGCUUCACUAUUUCACCGUUACCUGUUACUCUGGAUAUGGGGAUGAUCCCAAGGGCUUUUACACGGUGUAUCGUAACGUUUUUGAGACGAUCGCGAAGGAAGAACUGGAGUCGGCGCUGGAAGAGGACGCGGAGGACUUCCCGGCCUUCGGAGACUCUCAGAGCGACUACGACACGGUGGUCCACCCUUUCUACGCGUACUGGCAGAGCUUCUGCACGCAGAAGAGCUUUGCCUGGAAAGAGGAGUACGACACCCGACAGGCUUCCAACCGCUGGGAGAAGCGCGCCAUGGAGAAGGAGAACAAGAAGACGCGCGACAAAGCCAGGAAAGAGCAGAACGAGCUCGUGCGGCAGCUGGUGGCUUUCGUGCGCAAACGGGACAAAAGGGUGCAGGCUCACCGCAAGCUGGUGGAGGAGCAGAACGCGGAGAAGGCGAGGAAGGCCGAGGAGAUGAGGCGGCAGCAGCAGCUGAAGCAGGCCAAGCUGGCAGAGCAGUACAAGGAGCAGAGCUGGAUGACGGUGGCCGACCUGGAGAAGGAGCUGCAGGCGAUGGAGGCGCAGUACGAGAAGGAGUUCGGAGACGGCUCCGACGAGGACGAAGUGGAGGAGUGCGAGCUCAAAGACGGACAGGAUGGCAGAGACAGCGAUGAGGCCGAGGACGCAGAGCUCUAUGAAGAGCUGUACUGCCCAGCCUGCGAUAAGUCUUUCAAGACGGAAAAGGCCAUGCGGAAUCACGAGAAGUCCAAGAAGCACCGGGAGAUGGUUGCCUUGUUAAAACAACAGUUGGAGAAGGAGGAAGAGCAUUUUUCAGGGCCUCAGACGGAUGAAAACCUGUUGAAUGCUAAUUCUGAGGAAGAAAUGGAGGAUGCACCAAAGCAAAAGCUUUCUAAGAAACAGAAGAAAAAGAAACAGAAACCAGCACAGGAUUGCGAUGUUAAUUUCAAUGAAAAUGAAACUGGAAAAGGACUAAAAGUUGAACCAGAAGAUACCAGUUUAAAUCAAGAAAGUGCCAAAGAAUUAGAAGAUAGUCCGGUAGAAAACGUCAGUGUCACCGAGACUGUUGAACUGUGUGAUGACCCCAAAAACAAAGCAAAAAGUGUUCCUAAACCCAGAGGAAAGAAAGCCAAAGAUACGAAAAAACCCGUCAAAGUGCCUGCUGAACCACAGACAAUGAGCGACGUUCUUUUGAGCUGCACAACCUGCCAUAGUGAGUUCCCUUCCCGGAAUAAGCUCUUCGAGCACCUGAAGGCCACCGGUCACGCAAGAGCACCUUCGUCGUCACCUUUAAACGGGGUCACCAGCGGUCGGAGCAAGAAGGAGAAACGGAGAAACAGAUAGACGCUCUGCCGACCCGUGCUCUUCCCACUCGUCUCUAGACUUGGAAACCAAAACUGAACUGACGUCAUCUAAAGAGUUAAAAUUCCAGUGGUCUGCAGCUUAUUGCAUUGUAGAAGAUUAUUUUUAUCUUGUGAAAACAUUUUCUGUUUAAUAUAUAUAUUUUUAAACAUUUCAUUAGUGAUGGAAUUUUACUUCUGCCUCGGGAACCGACUUGAAUGUCUCAGAGCAGGUGCCUGUUGUGAGUGCCCAUGCUUGACUCCGUCGUCUCGUGUGGACAGAAAUGUACAGGGAGAAUUAAAUUAUUUUGAACAUACAAAUGCCCCUUUAUUUUUAUACUGUGGAUUUCCCAUGAAGUAUCUUUAUGUGAUUCGGUGCUUUUUUUCAGUGACUCCAGAUCGUUUUAAAAUCGUCACAGGUUUUUUUUUUUCCCACCUGAUACCAUGGCUCCAGUAACCCUCUGAGUAACCUGCUGUUGAUUACUGUGUUUUUUCCCCUCAAGGACAAUGAAAGGAAGACACGAAUUGAACAUCUAUGGUUGUGUUUCAAGAAUAAUGUCUCUCCAGGAUAUCAUUAUGUUCAUUUAAUUUGAAAAUUUUCUGGUAAUUAUCAACAAGAUGCAUCUUGGUUUUCCGCUCUGAUUGGAGUCGGGGAGGUGGAGGCAAACCCGUUUAUCUGGCGCGUCCUCCUUAGGCACCGUGACAGCUGCGCGGCGUGGUGGGCCGAGGUGGCGGAUGGCUUAGGGUUUAUACCGACACUUUAACAAGGGACAGUCCGCCUUGGGGUUCUUUCUCCACUACUUUCAGAAACUUAUUUUUCACAUCAUUCAGUGGAGAAAAACUUUCUUAAUGAAAGAAUUUUUAACACAGCUGAUGUUUAUGCCAUCUGUUCACAGUAGCAAAGAUGAGUAUUAAAUCCAAAGAAAUACGGAGAAUGAUUAUAAGUGAGUGUGGUCAUAUCCAGUAAUGAGUUCAUUUUUAGGAUAGAUUAACUAGGCAUUUCUUUUUAUUGGUCUUAAAAAUAACUUCUAAACUCACUAGCUUGAAAUAUAUACUUUCCAUUCAGUGAAGUUGUUUUUCUCCAAACACCCUUGAAUCUUCAAAGUUAGGAAUCUUCAGUCAUGCAUGACCUUGAAAACGUGAGUCCCUGAUGUGAAGGUCAUUUCAGAAAGCCUCCUGUGUGGUGUUCAUGUGGAUCAUCCUGUGACCGACUUGCGAAUGUGCUUCUGUACCUUAGUUUUCAAAUGUUUCCUGUGUCAUUUAGAGAUACAUAUAUUUUCUUUACCUUCGUCCCUUCCUGUGUCUCACUUCCUCCUGAUCGUCUUCUCCCCUCUUUCUUGGUCCCCUCAGGGGAAGUACUAGUCAGUUUUCUGUCUUUGGUCUCUUCUUCCCGGGCUCCAUCUGAACACUCCGUCUUCCACUCAUCCGAGCGAGAUGAACUGCCCAUAAUUAUGAAAUAGGAAUACUAGUGGAUAGGCAGGUGUGCUAGUCACAUGUUAUUAUACAGUGGAAGUACGAAGUCAUCUUGAAGGACAGAGUGUCCUGCGAACGCCCUUUCACCCUCCCUUGCUUUGCGUUCAGCCAUGCAGGUGUUUCGCUUGUUUCCACUUCCUGUGAGGUGCCGUCAGGGUGGCCGGUCACUUUCAUUCUGAUCGACAAAAACCAACCAUGAUUCUUAAGGGAUCUUCAUCAGUUGUGAUUGGAAGUCAAAUCUCACUUCUAAUCCUGUGUGUGUGAUGCUGCAAAAUCAUUCGGCUUCUCUGACCUUCAUUUCCUUUAUCUCUAACUCAGUUGUUAGUAUAAUGACAUUGUCCCCGUU